AUGACUUCUGAUAAUAACGGAGGGUUUCCAAACGAGCGUCCUUUUUACAGUUUUCUAGAUCCAUACCUAGGACAGGGAGUGGAUGAUGAAAUCCUGGGAUGGGCGCCCUAUUCCUCCAACUCAGUAGAUUCUGCAUUGGGCCUGGUAGAUUCGACGCAAAAUAGUUCGAGUUAUGGAUGGUUGGAUCAAUACGAAGUUCCCGUUCCCCCCCAGGAGUUCCCAGAUGAUCUCGACGAUAUUAUGACACACGGUUUCCCAGGCGAUUUAAUAUCCCAGGAUUUAGAUUUAACCUCCAUUGGGAUUGGUAAUCAUUUAAAUGAGAUCUAUCAACUCGCAGAUCCAGCUUCGAACCAGAUCUCUUCAUUGAACCACGCUCAACUAUUGGACCUGAAGUCCCACCUUGAAGCCGUCCUGCAAGAGGUGGAUAUACGACUUCAAGAGCCAUCCCUACCAGCCCAUGGACAACAAUUGCCCACGCCAAUCCAUUCGGACCGUACCCCUGCUCACUUGCGAGCAUUUCGCUGUCCCCUGUGCAGGACCAAGGACACGAUCUACAAGGAAUCUACUGCCUUCACACGACAUCUUAAAAACAACCAUGGUUUUCAGGAGUGGGAAUAUCGUUGCCCUGAGCCCAAUUGCAAUUUGACUGCACCACAGCGAGGUGCAAUAAAAAAACAUCUGCGCGAUGUACACGAGCAAAGUCCGAGUUCGCAUCAGAUAGUGGAGCACAGCAUCAUACUCCCGUGCCCUGCCUUUUGCGAAAUAUGCUCCGAGUCCACCCCCACCUGGAACAACUUUUAUGAGCAUGCGAAGAACCAUGUGAUGCGGCCUGCACAAAGAAGUAUCCCAGACGAAGGCAAGAUAGUAUAUGCGAAGCACCCCAGAGCGCAACCGGAGCAGAAGGGCAAGCGCGAAGAUGAGAAUAAACAUACUACACAUGAAGAAAGUGUUUCUAGGGUGGCCGCAGCGAGAGCUGGAUUGUUACAAGGUGCUGAUACGACGCUGGACCAAUCUUUCGCUCCUGGUGGAACAGAGCCACAGGACCCAUGGGGGGACCCCAUCGUGCACCAACAACCAAGACGAUCUUCGCUUUCUCAUGGCUCUGGCUCCUCGGCCGCACUUUCAGUUGGCACAAAUCUCACUACUCCGGAGUACGAAGAGGACUCGAUAGAUGCAGGUAUACCCCAGACGAAGAAUAUGGACCACGUCUUGGACGCCGCUCGUUAUUUCAGUGAAUUGGACCAGCUCGAGCUCCAAACCGCACAGAUACUCGGCAUGGCAAAUGGGCCACUAAUUAAUCUUGAAUUGCUACAUGACUGCCUUGAGUGUCUUCGGAAUUGGCAAGCUGCGCUUGAGUAUCUGCAGUCUCAAGGAUUUUGUGGAACCUCCAUCAGCAUUCUUAUCAAAGACCAAGACCGGGAUAGCGUCGCUAGUGCUGUCAAUGUAUCAUUGAGCCAUGUUAGCACUUUGGUCCAGACUAUUUUGGACUCACCCGACGAGAAUCUACGGAAUAUGGUGUUAAAGUACGGGAUGCACGCGUUGCUCAAAGUUGAGGACAAGGCCCUCUCGGAGUUUGAUUCGGUGCAAAUCCUUCGAUUCCUAUGUAUAAUUCUGUCAAUUGGGAUUGUUUCAUUCUCUGGCUCACAUGUGUGUCGAUUCGAUAUUAAUUUAUGGGAUCAAGAGAUGGAAGAGAUCCCUGUCGGCUUCGAAGGGUAUGCCUUUAAGCCACGGAAGCUGGCUUGCUUGGACGACUUAAUCGGUGGUCCUGCAUGGAUUCUAGGGAAAGCGUCCGUUCCACCUGAGGGAAUGAAGAUAUCUUUGACCGUCCAGGAUGUUCAAGAACUGUGGGGACCAGUCUCGAUGGUAGGAGGUACUGCCGAUGAAGCGCCAGUCAUCCAAACAGAGAGAGGCUUCAUUUUCCCACUUCCACGAGAGCGACAAUCUUCCUUGUUUACAUCUUCGUUACUUGACGAAAUUGAAUGCCACUGGGUGACGGAAAUUCCACAAUACGUUUCUGGUGAGACUUCUGAUAUGCCAAUACUCAUUCGCAACACAUCAAGGAUAUUAAUCGGCACAACCACUGACGUUGGGGCUGGGCUUGUUGUCAACGAAAACUGCAAGUCAUCAAUCUCGAUGAUUGGACAACGGAUCGCCUCUCGGCUCCAGUAUCCCGGAACAAGCAAAUCAAGAUACAUGAGCGAUGGGUACGACGUUCAGCUUGUCGGCGGACAAUACAUUACAGCCGGACUCGUGAAGAGGUAUAAGCGGAUCCCGAAGCGCACACUCAAGGCAAUGCUCAUCGCGGACUGCACGAAACCUGACACAAAGCUCGUGCCACUUCUAAAUCUCCGUGUUGGAUUGGAAGUAAGUGCAUGCACCGGAAACGCCCAGCGAGUGACGCUCUGGGACGCUCUCCGCUUCUCUCAAACAAGCAGCCCCUCCACGGAUCACCCAAUGUACUGCGCCCACAAGGUCGGCGACAAGAAUUGUAUCAGCUCAUGCUGGAGUCGAUGGCAAUCAGUGGACGAGAUAGACUCCCUCGACCAUAUGCCCGGAAAAAGGACGCUUCUCACUGGUGUCGAAGCCCGUCGUGUGAUUAUAAACUCCAUUCUCGCGCUCGAGCACUCGGGCGUCGAUAGCGAAGGAAACCUUCAAGUAUCCUGGCCCUUCAGCAAUAGCCCAGUCAAUUGUCCUGUAUUGCCAUCCACACUGAAAGAGUCCCAUAACUGGUUCGGUGUCGUCAAGGAUACGCAGGACACGUCGACCUUUGCCGUCUUCAGUCAAAGGUGUCUGGAAUUCCCGGAGAAGGGAAUCAUGCGUUCAUGCUCGGCGCCAUGCAAGGAAGGACAUUCCAAGCCGCUCCAAACUACUCUUUUGACGCGUAUUCUGACUCCUACUGAAGCAGGGUCAGUGUCUGGACUGCUGGUGGGGGUCAAGUUUCUAGUAGGGGAGGCACAUUUGACGGUCACAAAGGCAGUGCAAGACCAGGUCGCGAUCAUAGCUGCUGUUAGUAUGAAUCCUUUGAACCCUCUGCGGUAUCGCCUCCGUGAGAUUUUGCCGGAUGCCCGAGCCUUUGACUUUAAAGAGCACAUCUGGCCUGAUAUAACGGCAGGUCUCUCGGUUCCGGUGUACGUGUACUGA